GGGUGCAGCCAAGUUUCUCGGGGAUGCUUCCGGGGAGAUCUGUUUUCUGCUAAGGUUAAUUUAGCGUUGUGGAGUUGUGAUGCGGAGUUUCCCGACAGCCCCAACCCAUUUCCGGGUUUCCCAGGACGGGAAGCCGACCAGCGGUUGGUUAGCGAAAGCGAUUCAUGCUGUACAGAAAACUAGCAAAAGGAACCUUGCACUGCAGCAUCUCAGACUUUUGCGCCGGUCCUUGAGUGGACGUUUUGCAGGUGAGGCAGGGUAUUCACCGAACUCCACGAAGAACCAACCAGCAUUGCGGGGUCCGGAGUUCAAUCCGGUUCGGCAUGUGUUCGAUUUUUCGGCCCGAUCGAAGUGUUGUUUCUUCUGUGACGGGUCGAUGUUGGCUGCAUCCCCGGCAACGCAGCAAAGAUUCGUGGCAGCCAAUCGCAGCAUUCUCACUUGCCCGGACUGCCGGGCCUGCAGGCACAAGCCAGAUUCCGGCGACAUGUUGUCCAAAACGGGAUGUCAAUCUCACCCCCUUGACUGGCUUUUUCUGUUGCCGCUGCCGGCGGCAAAUCGCGCUCCAAUGAGCUCGAUCAAUCGUGCCGCGUCUCUUCUUUCCGCACAAAACCCGAGUCACAGAGGUACCAACACUUAGCAACUUCAGCUGGAGAGAGUCGGCCGUCACCCGCCAACAUGGGUACCGAGCUGAUUGGGUAACAGAGCCGAAUACACCCACACCAGGUCUUGCGAUCCGGCGGCACCCUGUGAACACCCCCGGAUCUCAAGAGGGACGUCGCAUGAGAAAACCUCGUCCAGCUCUCACUGUCUUGUGUGGCUGCUUGUUCUUUAUGUCUAUUAUUAUUACAAUUAAGAGAGCCCAUAUUGUCUCAAGCAAGGCUGGGCU